AUGAGGCUGGGAUGCAUCUGGGCUCUGCUCUCGCUCCUGACAGGACACGGCUGGGCAGAUACCCGUGCCAUCGGGGCCGAGGAGUGUGGCCCCCACUCACAGCCCUGGCAGGCGGGACUCUUCUACCACACCCAUCUCUUCUGCGGAGCAACCCUCAUCAGCGACCGCUGGCUGCUCACAGCUGCCCACUGCCGCAAGCCGUACCUGUGGGUCCGGCUCGGGGAACACCACCUGUGGCGGUGGGAGGGUCCUGAGCAGCUCUUCCGGGUCACCAACUUCUUCCCCCACCCCGGCUUCAACAACGACCUGAGUGCCAAUGACCACAAUGACGACAUCAUGCUGAUCCGCCUGCCCAGGCCGGCCCGCCUGAGCGCCGCCGUGCAGCCCCUUGGCCUCAGCCCGACCUGCGUGCGUCCCGGCACUCCGUGCCUCAUCUCCGGCUGGGGAGCCGUGUCCAGCCCUAAGGUGCGUUACCCCAUGGCCCUGCAGUGCGCCAACAUCAGAGUACUGGAGCCCAGACUCUGCCACUGGGCCUACCCUGGCCACAUCUCAGCCAGCAUGAUCUGCGCGGGCCUCUGGGAAGGCGGCCGUGGCUCCUGCCAGGGCGAUUCCGGGGGCCCCCUGGUUUGCAAUGGGACCCUGGCAGGAGUGGUGUCAGGGGGCGCCGAGCCCUGCUCCAGACCCCGGCGCCCUGCCGUAUACACCAGCGUGUGCCACUACGAAGCUUGGAUCCGAAAAACCAUGGAGGACAACUGA